GCUCGAGUUAAUGCACGUCUGUUAGUUUUUUUUGGCCCCAUCGGCCGGCGCCCUGCAUGCCGCUGCUUGGCAGGAAGAAGGCCGCGGCGCCUCAGCCGCCAGCUGCUCCCGCUCCUCGUGCCUCGGCGGUGCCCCGCUCGGCGGCUGCCUCGGCGCCCGCAGCGCGGGCCGGGCCGUCGAGCGAGGACGUGCAGCGCCAGGUCCGCGACCUCAAGGACAUCAUGGGCAACCUCGAGGCCAUGCUGGAGCACGACUUCUCGGAGGAGAUGGCGCCCAUGGUCGACAUGUUCCUGGGCGAGGCGCACGCGUCCUCGGAGGCGCUGCACGCCCAGGUGGGCGCCCUCGCGGAGCAGGGGCAGAUGGACCUCGUGGAGGAGAUCCUGCUCGCCACGUCGCAUCGCGAGGCCCUUCAGGCCCGCGCCGAGGACUGGAAGCUGCCUGCCGGAGACAGCCGGCCCUCGGGGGCAGGCGCAGAGGAGGAAUCCAGGAGGCGCCGGGAGGCUGACGAGCAGGAGGCCAGACGGCGCCAGGAGCAAGAGGAGGCGAAGAGGAGGCAGGAGCAGGAAGAGGCGAGGAGGCGCCAGGAGGAGGAGGAGGCGAGCCGUCGCCGUCAAGCAGAAGAGGCCCAGCGUAGAAGAGAGGAGGACGAAGCGGCCAGGAGGCGUCAGGAGGAGGCGGAGGCGAGGAGGCGCCAGGAGGAGGAAGAGGUAUCCCGUCGUCGGCAAGCCGAGGAGGAACAGCGUAGGAAGGAGCAUGAGGAGGCAGCUGCCAGGAGGCGUCAGGAGGAGGCGGCUGCGGUGGCGGCUGCGGCUGCGGCGGCGGCGGCGGCGGCGGCUGCGGCCGCGAGGAGGCGCGAGGAGGAGGAAGAGGCAGCCCGGCGUCGGCAAGCCGAGGAGGUACAGCGCCAGGAGGAGGAAGCAGCCAGGAGACGUCAAGAGGAGGCGGAGGCAAGGCGGCGGGAGGAGGAAGAGGCAUCCCAACGUCGGCAAGCCGAGGAAGCGCUGCGCAGAAAAGAGGAGGAAGCGGCCAGGAGGCGUCAGGAGGAGGCGGAGGCGAGGAGGCGCCAGGAGGAGGCAGAGGAAGCGCAACGGUGCCAGCAAGAGGAAGAAGCCAGGCUCAGGCGUCUUGAGGAAGAAGCGGAGAGGAAGCGCCAGGAGGAGGAAGCAGAUGCCAGGAGGCGCCGAGACGAGGAAGAGGCGAGACGGCGCCGGGAAGAGGAAGCAGAGGCGUUGAGGCUCCAGGAGCUCGAGGAGGCGAAGCGGCGGCGGGAGGAGGAGGAGGCGGCGAGGCGCCGCCAGGAGGAGCAGGAGGAGGAGGCGAGGAGGCGCCGUGAGGAGGAGGAGGAGGCCAGGAGGCUCCAGGAGGAGGAGGAGGAGGCGAGAAGGCGCCAGGAGGAGGCCAGGAGGAGGCGGGAGGAGGAGGAGGCGGAGCGGCGCCGGGCGGCAGAGGAGGAGGCCGCGCGGCGCCGCCUGGCGGAGGAGGCCCGGAGGAGGCGCGAGGAGGAGGAGGCGAGGAGGCGCCGGGAGGAGGAGGAGGCCGCCGCGGCCGCGGGUCGAGUCGGGAAGGCAGAUGUGGGCGAGGAAGCGCGAGGCUGCGAGGCACAAGGCGCAGAUGCGGGACGAGGAGGAGAGCAGGAGGGCCGAGGAGGAGGCGAAGGUGGCCGCGGAGGAGGCGAGGCGCGCCGAGGAGGAGGUGAGGCGGGCGGAGGAGGAGGUGAGGCGGGCGGAGGAGGAGUCCAGGCGCGCCCUGGAGGAAGGGGCGCGGCUGGCCGAGGAGGAGGCGAGGCUGGCCGAGGAGGAGGCCAGGAGGGUCGAGGAGGAGAGGAGGGAGGAGGCCAGGAGAGUCGAGGAGCAGGCCAGGCGGGCCAAGGAGGAGGAGGCGAGACAGGCCGAGGAGUACGCGAGGCAGGCCGAGGAGCUUGCGCGUCAGCGGGAAGAGGAGGCGGAGGAGGCGAGGAGGGCCGAGGAGCGAGCGAGGCGGGCGAAGGAGGACGAGGAGGCGCGGAAGGCGGCCGACGACGAUGAGGCGCGCAGGAGGCGACCCCCGGGGCAGGGUGCACUUAGAGCAACGGCCGUUGCCCAUGGGACGUGGGGGUGGGGGUACCUCCCUCCCCGCGUCCUCCCUCCCUCCUUCC